CAUUUUCAAUGCAGUUUAAGUGAACUCAGUGGACGUGUAGUAUACCCGGUAGUUCCGCAACUUACGACUUUGUCUUCUAACUAAAUUCAAAAAUAGUGAAAUGUUGAUUGAAGACAGAAGUAUCCGCGUCAAGUUAUGCACGGUACUGUGCCUUAUACAGUUGAUGUCACCAGCUUUAGCGGACUUUCAUGCGCCAACGUCACCACGACGUAAAGCGCAGCGGACGCCAAACAUCGUUAUGGGUGAUAGCAUGACGACCACCAACCGCAAGACGCCACCAGCUGAGAUGGAUCCGAAAUUCUGGAACAAUCAAGCACAAAGCGAACUACAAAAGCGUAUAAAUGAGCCACUGAAUAAGAAUCGUGCGAAAAAUGUCAUAUUCUUUCUCGGUGAUGGCAUGCCACUGACCGCCAUUACAGCAGCAAGGAUAUUACAAGGACAACGUCUCGGCUACCCGGGGGAAGAACAGUUAUUGUCGUUUGAGAAAUUCCCCGCCACCGGUCUAAGCAGAACCUACUGCACCAAUGUGCAAGUUUCGGAUUCAGCAUGCACAUCGACCGCUUAUUUGACUGGCGUGAAAACGAAUAGCCUGAUGCUCGGCGUGAAUGCAAAAGUCAACUACAACAAUUGUACAGCCAGCAUGGAUCCCGCAAAUCAUUUGACCUCACUGUACGAUUGGGCUCAGGCCGCAGGUAAAGCGUCGGGUUUCAUCACCACCACUACACUAACGCACGCCAGCCCUUCGGGUGGUUACGCGCAUGUCGCCAAUCGUCAAUGGCAAUGCGAUGCCGAUGUGCUGGAAUACGACAACGAUCCGAGCACUUGCACCGAUAUGGCUCAACAAUUGAUCUCACAGCAGCCGGGAAGAAUGUUGGAUGUGCUCAUGGGUGGUGGUAUGGGUAAAUUUUUACCGAAGACGGUAACGGAUUUCUUCGGUAAUCGUGGUGAACGUUUAGAUGGACGAAAUUUACUAACACGCUGGCAGAAUCUACAUCCAAAUGGUGUCAUCACGAGAAAUCGUGAAGAACUGUUACGUGUCAAUAUCAGUAAAGUAACGAAUAUUAUGGGUCUAUAUAAUUCAGAUUUGAUGCAGUAUCAUUUGAAAGCGGACGACGAUCAGCCGACUUUAUCCGAAAUGACUGGUGUCGCUUUGGCGUUCCUAAAUCAAAAGCCGAAUGGUUAUUUCAUCUUCAUCGAAGGUGGUCUUAUAGACUAUGGUAAUCAUGAGAAUAAACUCGGUAUUGCUUUGGAUGAACUUUUGGAGUUCGAUAAAGCCAUUCAUCUGGCUCGUAUUAUGACCGAUCCGGCGGAGACUUUAAUUGUUGUGACAGCGGAUCAUGGUCAUCCUUUGUCCUUUGCUGGUUUCCCUGAGCGCGGUAAUGACAUUUUAGGUUUAAAUAAUGUGGCUCAAGGCUUAGAUGGUGUACCAUACGCCACAAUGGAUUAUGCAGUUGGACCACAGCAAUACAUGAAUCCGAACGGUACCAGAAUGGAUUUGACCGAUAAAAUGGGAGAUCCAGAGUUUGUUAUGCCCAGUUACAUAGAUCUAACGUACGGUGUGCAUUCCGGUGAGGAUGUGGCCGUAUACGCUUCAGGUCCCUGGGAACAUCUUUUCACAGGUGUCAUGCAACAAAAUUUACUACCCCAUCUCAUGGCGUAUGCAAGUUGUAUCGGUGAUGGUGCAAAAAUGUGUGGAUGAGCAUGUAGAUAGCUGGAGAGCGCCAACUAUUCAGCCUAAAUAUUUAUAUAUAGUGUUCUGAUUAAGCAAAAAAAUAUAUAGUUUUUUAUGACCCCACACGCCUAAGUAAAACGUGUGUCUCAUAAAAUCAUGAUAAGAGCAACUAGAAAGAUUCUUAGUCGACAGCGGCCACAAUGUCAUAAAAUAGUUUAAUCGUACUUUUUAUUUUUAUUGUUGUAAAUUCAAAGUAAUAAUGUGAAAAUGUAGAAAAUAUGUAAUUUGUAUCAUUUGUAACGCUAUCUUCUAUAAUAAAUCAAGCCAAAGUGCUCCGUAAAUACCGGUGAUAA